AUAUUUUAACAAAGACAAAGUCUGUGAUUUUAUAUUUUGAGGUUAUGAAUGAAGAUUAAAGCUUAUGUUUAUUUAAAAUAAUUGUUUUUAAAUAAAUUGUUCUACAUUUAUGUGAAAAUGAGUGAAAAAACUUUUGAAGAUUUAGGACUACCACCAUGUAUUAUAAGAAGGCUCUCGUCGAUUGCUAUAAAGAAACCAACUGAUAUCCAAAUAAAUUGUAUACCUGCAAUACUUGCAGGAAAAGAUUGUGUGGGUGCAGCCAAAACAGGAAGUGGAAAAACUUUAGCUUUUGCAUUACCAAUAUUUCAUAAUUUAUUAGAAGAUCCCUACAAAAUUUUUGCUGUCGUUCUGACUCCAACCAGAGAACUUGCGUAUCAAAUAACUGAUCAGUUCGCUGUUUUAGGAGCUAAUUAUCAUAUAAAAUGUACUACAAUUGUGGGCGGAAUGGAUAUGAUUGUCCAAGGCCAAGAGAUAGCAGAUAGUCAUAUAGUCGUAGCUACACCAGGAAGAUUAGCAGAUAUAAUAGAAACGUGCAUGACCUUCAACUUCAAUCGUUUGAAAUAUUUAGUUUUGGAUGAAGCAGAUAGAUUACUGGGUGGAAGCUUUGAUGGCCAGAUUAAAACUAUUUUUUCAGUGCUACCAAAAAAUAGACAAAACCUCUUCUUCUCUGCUACUAUCACAGACACAUUGGCAACAAUAUCAAAUUUUACUAAAAAUGAAAUGUUCACGUAUGAGGCGCCAGCAGAAGUAGCCACUGUGGAAGAUCUUGAGCAGUCAUAUGUUCUUUGUGCAAAUUAUGUGAAAGAUGCAUAUUUAGUACAAACCAUACGUAGUUUUAGGGAAAAAAAUGAAAAGGGGAAUAUUAUGAUAUUUACAGAUACAUGCAGAAAUUGCCAAAUUUUAUCUAUGAUGCUCAAUGAUGUUGGUUUUGAAAAUGUAGCCCUCCAUGGCAUGUUAAAACAGAAAAUGCGUAUGGCAGCACUAGUUAAAUUCAGGUCAGAUCAUUCUAAAAUACUUAUAGCAACAGAUGUCGCAAGUAGAGGUUUGGAUAUUCCCAAAGUACAGUUAGUCAUCAAUCAUACUCUUCCCAAAGUUUAUAAGGAAUAUAUUCAUCGUGUUGGUAGAACUGCUAGGGCGGGAAGAAAGGGAAAAGCUGUUACUCUAGUGACACCAUAUGACUUGCCAAAAUUAUUAGAAAUUGAGGAACAUAUCAAUACAAAAUUGGUAGAGCAUAAAGUUGAUGACAAAGAAGUCGGAAUAAUUUUCACCCAAAUAUCUGUUUCUAAAAGUGAGGCACAUAUAAAUUUGGAUGAAAAUAAUUUCAGUGAAAAACGUAGAAUUAACCUUAGAAAAAAAUGGAUACUAGAAGGAUUAGAUCCAGAUGAAGAAGAGGCCAAGCUAUUGAAAAAAAAGAAGAAAAAUGUUGAAAAAUCUAAAAAAACAGAUAAAAGAAUUAAAGGAAAACCUAAUUCAGAAAAUAAAAGUUAAUAAAAAGGUG